UUCGAGCCCAACUUCACUCUCUUCGAGAAGUGCGAGGUGAACGGGGCGAAGGCGCACCCGCUCUUCGCCUUCCUGCGGGAGGCCCUCCCGGCGCCCAGCGACGACCCCACCGCGCUCAUGAGCGACCCCAGGUCCAUCAUCUGGUCCCCGGUGUGCCGCAACGACGUGGCCUGGAAUUUCGAGAAGUUCCUGGUGGGCCCCGACGGCGUGCCGGUGCGCAGGUACAGCCGGCGCUUCCCCACCAUCGACAUCGAGCCCGACAUCGAGGCCCUGCUGUCCGCGGGCCCCGGCCCGGCGUAGGGCCCCCUCCCGUCCCGGCCCGGCAGGGGCCAGCUGCCCUCCGAGGGUUCAUCCAUGAAGAGGUUUGCUCCCAACCUGCAUAGAGCAACAUCCGAUUCCCCGUAACCCCCGGAGGCGCCACCGGCCCUGCCCACCCCCCCUCCACUCUCCCAGACCAAGUGAGUUCCCCGCAAUAAAGUGCUGGGUGUCACACAA